GCAAUAUUAAUAUAUUUCCAACCUUGAGUAAUGUAUUUUUUCCAAAAUUACUACGGCACCAACAUAAAAAUCAUAAGUGUAUACAAUAUUUGAUUGCAAACCUAACAGGUAUUUUUGUACCAUCAUCCAUAUAAAGAAAAAACAAAAGCAAGCUCCAAAAAAAUUUAAAAGGGUGAAUCUGCUAUAUGUUAUCACGUCUGAAAAACAAAAAAUUAAGCGAUCAAGUCCACGAUUAGUUUCUUUUGGAGCCUCGUCGACAUGUUGACAAAAAGAAGAACGUCGAAAAGAUUCGUCCUCGGCGACAAUGACGAAGAUGCGGCAUCUUACGAUGACGAAACUGAAGUACUCCCAGCGGAAUUGGUGCAAAAGUUCCAGAUGACGCUACAAACAGACGCAGACCAGGGAUCGGACAAGGAAGAAGAACGCGACACUAUCGACGUCAACAGGCGACUGUUGAGGCCUCCACAACAGACUCUGCAGUAAGUUCAAAACACAAACGUGCUUGGAUUUUAUAUUGUGCUUGGUUUUAUCAGCUGAAACUUUUAUA